AUGGCAUUUGACAACCUUCCCCUAGAGAUAAAAAUCCUGAUCAUCGCAAAGCUCACCAGUGACAACCUGACUCUGGCCAGACUUGGUGCCUGCAACAAGGAGCUCGCCCGCCUAACCGGCCCAAGCCAGUGGUCACAUAUUAGGUUGGGGGCUGGGCCCAUUGGCACAGAUCGGGCGCUCAGCGAGACACCCUUGGGAAAUCAACAAGACGCGAUAAAUUAUCGUAUUAAGCUCCGUCACUUUACUACCACAGUUCUCCGGUUUCCCGAGCUUGCGAAAGAAGUCCGAUUCCUCGAUCUGAGUGACUUAAAUCUCCUGUGCGGGGCCAAUGGACAUAUUGUGCGCAGAGACCAGAAAUUGCCCGGGGCUUAUGACACCAAUCCCGAAGACCGCAGCUUGCUUUCCAAUGCCAUUCAUAACUUGUCAAUCUCCAAGACAAACACAUACCACCUGCGAUCUGCUCUUCGAUUCAAGUCUCUACGCUCGGAUACCAUACUGUCAGUGCUGCUGGUAUCCCUUCCUUGCCUCGAGCGGCUCGAGAUCGGCCUUGGACACGCGAACUAUGACGGCUUUGACAAUGAGUUCUUGGUUGACGACUUGGUGCAAGAUAUUUUGUGCGAGAUUCCAGGUGGAGAAGUCUUGAUUAACACAAAACCUGUCCUUGAAGGGCUGACUCAUUUAAAAAUCGAAUGCCGUGACACUUCCGCAGGCGACCCUGUUCGUCUUAUGAGAUGGCUUCAGCUACCAUCGUUGACAUAUUUCUUUGGCACCAAAUGGAGCGGUCUCAACCUGGAGGACGAAGAUAUCAAAGAUCUACCUACCGUGCUCACACCGUCGCUCAUUCUCCUGGAAUUUCGCGAUUGCGCAUUUACCGCUCCUUAUCUCCACCGUAUUCUCGCAGGAUGUGAUUCCCUCGAGACCUUGAUCUAUCAACGUGGAUGGUCCGAGGAAGUAGUGAAAGAAGAAGACGAUGAUGACCAUGGACAAGACCCUGGACAAACUGGGCAAGAUGACAACGACGAAGAGCAAGAAGACAAGGACAUCCUGCUGGUCUCCGAUCUCACAGCCGCGCUCCGAACGAGAUGCGACACAUUGAAUCCCUCGAGCUCUCGUUUGCCAACAAAGUAUCUCAUCUGGAGCCCGCACAAAGAAAGCAUGUACGGUAAAUUCAGCAAUGGACUUAAGCUGGAGUUGUUUGAUAGAAUGGGACUGCGGACAAACCCCAAGAUUCCCCUGCAUGCCCGUCUUCCCAGGACACUUGAGCUUCUGUCAAUCACAAGUCCACAGAACCAGACUGAGCUCCGCAACUUGAUUCCUGUCUUGUGUACACUUCUUCGUCACCGACAGAAACACCUUCCAACCCUUCGAGAGCUCCGAAUCGAAGCUCCCAUUGAAGGAGAUCCAACGGUAUUCGGACUGCAGUGGCUCAAACAGGAGGCAGAUAAUGCCGGCAUCCAACUCCGCAUCAUUGACAGCGCCUCUACAUUUGCAGUGUCGUGGUUGCGUCCGUUGGUGAAUGUGCCUGAGCCGCAGGGGGUGGCUGUCGACUGGGGCAUGAAUGGCGAGUUCAAGUGGGGACAUCGGUUUUGGCAAGCUCCUCGGUUCCACACUUUGCACGAGGGCACUUACUCAAGCGGCGAGGAAGACAUCGCAGUGGAUGUCAAAUAUGAAAACUAA